CACACACACAUACACACACGCUGUCUCUUUUUCUACCUUUCCGCGAAAAUAAUUAAUAAUCAAUAAUUCCAGCAGAUGAGAUGAGAAAGAAGCAAUCCGGACCUUUGGCUUGUGAACCUGGCCGAUGGCGUUUCGUUUCGGACCUUUCUAGGACUUCCUGAUAACGAUACCCGAACCCGCUAAAUUCCCAUCGGCUUGUUGACCGGUUUUUUCACCUUUCUUCCCCUGGUUUAGGGAUUCUGCUACGGUUACCUCGAUGGUGACCAAUGAUUAUAUCACCAUGAACGGGAACGGGUUUAGUAAGAUGGAAGAAGAAUUCAUCAAGAGGCACCACAAACACGACGUUAAAGAAAAUCAGUGCAGCUCUUCGCUCGUUAAACACAUCAAAGCUCCUGUUCAUCUCGUUUGGUCUUUGGUGAGGAGAUUUGAUCAACCACAGAAGUAUAAGCCAUUUGUUAGCAGGUGUGUUGUGCAGGGUGAUCUUCAGAUUGGAAGCAUUAGAGAAGUCAAUGUUAAGUCAGGUUUGCCAGCCACAACUAGCACUGAAAGGUUAGAGUAUCUAGAUGACAAUGAGCAUAUUUUGAGCAUGACUAUUGUUGGAGGAGAUCACAGGUUGAAGAACUACUCUUCCAUUGUUACAGUCCAUCCCAAGGUCAUUGAUGGCAGACCGGGAACUUUGGUGAUUGAGUCAUUUGUGGUGGAUGUACCAGAUGGUAACACCAAGGAUGAAACAUGCUACUUUGUUGAGGCAGUGAUCAAGUGCAACCUCAAGUCAUUGGCUGAUGUUUCAGAGCGUUUGGCUGUUCAAGAUCAUACUGAGCUGAUUGAAAGAAUGUGAAUAAUCUGAAUCGCUGUUAGCAGCAUCAAGAUUCUUGUUGUGGGUGAUAAGUGAGAUACUCUUGUUAUUAGAAAGAAGCCGUGUAGACAGUUUGGGCUCCCUGCAGGCAGAGUCACUUCUCUUUUGUUAUACUUUAUGCUUCUUUUUGGUAGAACAUGAUCUAUAGGUGCCACUUGUCGAUAGUAGCUAACAAUUAAAACUCCAUCCGCAGCCUACAGUUUUCCUAAAUGAAGAAACAAAUCAAAAAUUUCUUGUGGUUUUUGGUUGUAAAUAUCUGUGCACGAUAGAAAUUUUAUGUUUAUAUCUUUAGUUUUGCAUGUUCCAUUUGCAGAAAAGCCAUGGAUAUACGGUUUGUUGGUACAUGAUGUGAAUCUACUCGUCUAACUAGUUAUUUAUACUGUAAUUUGAAGAGGGGUUGAAGAAAUAUCUCUAUUAUGGCCUUUAAAGCACUUCCCCUUUGUCCAAACUCUAAUUUGAAGAGGGGCCAAAUCUAUUUUCCUUAUUAAUUAAAUGAAACUAAAGGAAUGAAGUUUAAGGGGAAAAAAACCCAAUGAUGCGUAGCUAUAUUACAGUAGAGAAAUUUUGCUUGAUUUAGGGUUAGGGGUGUUAAGUAACAUGACAGGAAUGAACAAAG